CAAAUGGCCGCUCUUCUUUUCUCUACUAGUCUGCUGGUAAAACAGCUUUUCACAUAACAAACACUAGCAUUUUCAGGAAGAGGUGUGUUUUCUAUCAAUGGCGGAUCCUCGGGAAGAAAAAGAGAAGCAAUUCUUAACUGAAGUCGCCGAGUUAGAUGAAGCAUUGAGAGUGUUGGAUUCUUCUCUGUCUCAAAUCAAAUGGCGACUCAAAUAUGCAAGACGUCGACUUGAGACAGAUAUUCUAGCUUUGUGUACAGGAAUGAGGCCAGUGAUAAUGAUAGACUAUGGUGGAAAGAUGCCUGAACUGCAAGAGAGAUUUUGCGCUCUUUUAAAACUUUGUCAAAAGGAUUUGCCCAUUUUUGAGCAUCUGAGAGUAAUGGUUAUAGAAGAAAUGAUAUAUUUAGUUCACACUAGAGCGCUUGCUGAUCAUGUUAGGUCAAGCUUGAACUCAGAACGACAGCUGCUCUUUGUGGACCUUGAACAGGAUCCUCCGAAGAUGAUAACAGAAGCAGAAAAAAGCCCACUGGUGAUGCAGCUUAUAUCAAUUCAGAAGUUGUUCUCUUCGUCAUUUCCUCUUGGUGAAAGGAAAGAUGAUGAAUCAUCAUCUCACAGUAUAGAUAACAUGGUUGAUGCUAAACCGCCCAGAAAUGAACUUAUCCCUUCUCAGUCAUCUAACUUUAUUGAUCUUAGUAGCUGCAUGCAAAACACUCAGGUCACUCUGCCAACAUUAAAUGGAUGGCUUCUUGGUUAUCCAGUUGUGUAUAUGUUCAUCAAGGAGCACGGCGUUAAGGCUGUUCGUAAUAUUUCUAGCAAGUAUCUUCACAUCUAUAGAAUAUCAGUAUGCAGGAACGGAACCCCCAAUAAAGAAUCUGAACUAGAAGAACUCUUGUGUUUCUCGGUCCCCUACGAUCUAAGCAUGAGAGGGAGCAAGGAAAAAUGGGCAGAGGCAUUUUUGGCUCAUAUGCAGGGGAAGUGGGAAAUAUGCAAGCCUGCUUGGAGGUUUUUGCAGAUGGAGAUAAUACCGCCGAUGGAGAUGACCGCAUUUCAAUUUCUACACUGUUGGGCAAGUACUGAAACACAAUAAGAAAUGUAUGGUGACUAGUUUGAAGAAAAAGCCAAAUAUAGAAAAAGUGCGAGUCUGGGAAUGUCAUCUCCUUCUCCGGAUUCAGUAAGUUUAAGGGAAGAUGAUGUUGCAAGUGAUACAUCUAUCAGCUUGGAAAGGCCAGUAGACAGAAUGGUCGCAAAGAAUUUUUUAAGGAAAAAGAUUGAUUACGUUCAAGACAAUUCGACUGUGCCUGCAAGGUUGUCUUCCAAGAAUUUAGAAUAGAGAAAAAGAAGUGGAACAUAAGUGAAACGAGAAGCAUCGUUGAAGGUAUCUCAAGAUCAAGAGCUUAUUUCAAAUAAGUGGGAAAAACUUAAUAGGGAACAACUAAAAGAGGAAGAGAGGAUAAUGUUGAUUGAUACUAUUGGCUUGCCCCAAAUGCAAGCAGAAAAUCUGUCAGAUGGAAAUCACGGGUAAAAAAAGAGGUUGGUAGUAGUUUAGAUUAGUAGUCAUUGUACAUAGUUCAAAUUAGUUGUAAGCAGUGUUCCACUUGGCCUUGCUUGUCUUUUUGCAUUACCAUGCAAAGCUGACAUAAAAUCCCUUAGUGUUUCUUGGCCCCAAAAAUGCAUUAAAUUUGCAUGAUUGCAAAGCGUGGUCGAGCACAUUGUUGAAUGCUUGCUCCACAUAAUUUGUUUUUUCUUUGUUUUUUUUAGUGGGGUCAUCUUCGCUUGUCGACUCUUGAGCUUCAAUAAAAUGUUUCUUGUUUCUUC